AAUGUCUUCUUCAAGUUCGUCAAGGUCACGAUCACCAAAGAAGAAUAAGAAAAGAGUAUAUGUUACAGGAUAUUCUCUUAAAGAAGAUCAACAUGACAUUAAAAAACUAUUCAAAAAAUUUGGGAAAAUUGAAGAAUUUGCUUGGAAAGGAAAAUAUUGUUUCAUUGUACAUAUAAUGAAUUAAUUGUAGGAAUUUAAAGACCCAGAAGAUGCAGAGAAAGCUGUUAAAAAAAUGAAUAAGGAAGAAGUAAAAGGAUCUGUGUUAUAGGUCGAGAUGGCUCGUGGAAAUAAGCCGAGCAAAAAUAACGGCCUAUGUUAUUCAUGCGGUCGCUCUGGACAUUUGUAAGUUUUACUAUAGCAUUCACUUUUUAUAUAAUUAGAAUACGAUAUAUUUUUUAUUUAAUUCAUUUACCAUUUUAUUAGCGCUAAAAACUGUAGACAUAGAUCAUCAUCAUCAAGUUCAUCUAGCUCUAGUAGGUAAAGAAUUAAACAUAAUAAUUUUUAGUGAGUCUAGAAAAAAACAUAAGAAGAAACAUAAAAAAAAGAAGAGCUCAUCCAGUUCAGAUUCCUCAUCAAGUAGUUCAUCUAGAGAUAAGAAAAAGAAUAAGAAGAAGAGUACAAAAAGGAAAUCAAAGUCCUCAUCAAGAGGCUCUUCAAAAGACUCAUAACAUUCAGAGUCUUCUGCCGGCUCGUACUUUUAAAGUUGAAUUCUGUUUAGCAUUAUUGACGAAAAAAAAGAAGAAAAAAACCCUAUUGAAGAAGAGAAUCAAGGAAAAGAAGGAGAUGGUAAGUAAUGAAGUACCCGUGAUGUUAUAAAUAAAGUUGGUGUCCA